UAAAAUUCAAUUACAAGCACUGGGAACUGAAAUAUUCAAUAGAUUAUAAAUCAUAGAUAAAUAGAUAGAUCAGUAGAAAAAAAAAAUUUAAUAGUUCAAGCCUUCCCAUCCAUAUAAAGAAGCACAUAUGAAACACACCACCACCACCACUGAAAACAACAACAAACUAAAGAAUAUGGAGGAGGAGAAGAGGAAGAGAAGUUCAACCAACUUCAUUGAAGCAAGAACACACAUAUGGAACCACAUCCUUCGUUACUUGGACUCUUUAUCUCUCAAAUGCGCUGUUGAGGUUGGCGUGCCUGAUGCCAUCCACAACCACGGCAACCCCAUGACACUCUCCGAGCUUGUCCAAGCCUUACACAUCCCCACAUCACGAGCUCCAUUUCUCCAACGCAUCAUACGCACUCUUGUUAACUCUGGCUUCUUCUUUUCACUUACAAGAAAAGAAUUGGAUGGUAGUAAUGAAGAAGAGGUGUAUGGCUUGACCACCUCCUCUGAACUGCUCAUCAAGGGAAGCACCAACUCUUUAGCACCUCUCGUUGUUUUCAUCUCAGGCUUGGAAGCUGAGAUGGCUGGCCAAGCCAUGAGCCCAUGGAUUAAGCGUGCUAGUGAUGGUGGUGAUGAUGAGAAUAAGACACCAUUUCAUGUGGCUUAUGGGAAGAGUGUGUUUGAGUUUGCAAGUGAGAGGUCUGAGUUCAAUGCUUUGUUCAAUGAGGCCAUGGCUUCUGAUAGCAAAUUGUUUAUGGGUGAAGUGGUGAAGGAGUGGGGUGAUGUCCUCUUUGGAAAGCUCCGGUCACUGGUGGACGUCGGUGGUGGCACCGGCGGUGCUGCCUUAAUGAUCGCUGAGGCUUUCCAGUCGGUGAAGUGUUCGGUUCUUGAUCUGGCUCAUGUGGUGGAUAUGCAGCCGGAGAAUGGAUUGGUAGAGUUUGUGAAGGGUGAUAUGUUUGUGCAUGUUCCUGCUGCAGAUGCUGUCCUACUGAAGUGGAUAUUGCAUGAUUGGAGUGAUGAAGAAUGUGUAAAAAUAUUAAAGAAAUGCAAAGAGGCAAUCCCAAAUGGAGGAAAGGUGAUUAUCAUUGAAGCAGUUGUAGAACAUGAUGUUGAUUCAGAUGAGACGACAAAGACUCAAUAUCUUCUUGACAUACAUAUGAUGACAUUUACCACAGGAAAAGAGAGAGAUGAAAAUGAAUGGAAAUCAAUAUUUCUUCAAGCAGGCUUCCCAAGUUAUCAGAUAAUCUGUGAUUUAGGUGUUCACUGUGUGAUUGAGGUCUACCCUUAAUUGCUUUCAUAUUUAUAUUUACCUUUUUGCAAGAAUGCUAUUGGCGUAAUUAAGAUGAAUAAAAUAUUGUGUGUUACCAAUGUAGAUUGGUCCAAGUUGUAGAGACUUGGUUAUUUAGGUGGUUUUGAUUUUCAAUAAUUUGUCU